AAGAUCAACAGAAUGAAAAAACGGUUGACAGUUUUUUUUGUGAAUGUGCUAUCGAUAACGAUAUCGCUCACGUGGUAGUUGGUGUAGUAAGCAGCGAGAGCCACAGCUAUUGCGCUGCGUCAACUCUAACAAGAACUCUACCUUCAUUGAGUAAGCUGCAGAACAUAGUAAACCAUGACAGCUGCUGCGAGCGUCCAGCAGGGCACUGUUGCUAACGACGAGAUAAAACAACAGGACGCCAACAUGGACCACCCUCACGACCAGGCCAACCCUUUUGCAGGGUACUCGCCGCGCACGCUGCGCAAGAUGGACACAGAAACGUACGCCGCCGACGGCAGCACGCUACUUGAAGCUGCAGCAGAGGCAGAAGUAGGGGUGGGCGAGGACAAGGAGAACAUAAUAUGUAGUGAGGUCACCGAACGGUUCUAACCGGGGAGUUUUUUUGCCAUAUACCCUGAAAAACGACCGGCAGUUUUCAAGCGGCCGACGACCCUUUUUGACAUAAAGAAUUUCCAAUUACUCAGCGGCCGGGGCUUUGAUAUCAAACAAGCCCGGUCGAAAACUAUCGACUCGCACUUGAUAAAACGACGCAGGGGAGCCGGCAAAAGGGGCGCCCUUCUGAGGCGCCCGCCGCCUUAGUUUCUGGCGAUUUGGGGCGCCCAAAAAGGGGCGCGCAAAAAACGCGCCCAAAAUCAGAACAGCGAAACAGCAUGGCACGGCCGCGAUUUCGGAGCAUCUUGGGCGGCCGCGAAAGCGGCCGCCUUUUUGCCGGUUUUAGAGCCUGGGAAGCUUUGCAAAAAGCGCCGGCGUGAAAAAUAAAAACGCGAAAAAUAAAAAACGCCCCAGACGCGCAAAGCCAAUCCGCAUGCUAUGGGCCCGGUUUUUCUUCGCUUUUUGGGCGCCCCCCGUGGCACCCGGAUCGGCCCCAUAGCAUCGGGGCUGGCUUUCGGAAAGGAAUUUUGGAAAUGUGCCAAAAUUUGUGACGUUUCCCAAGUGGCCGCCAUACCGUGCGGCAUAACGUUACUCGCGGCGGUAUGGCGAGCCCAAAAAAAGCAAAGCCGCGGCCAAGGCGGCGGUCGGCAAAAAAACGCCCACGACCUCACUACCCCCGCCCCGGCGGCUAUAUUUGGUAAAGAACAGUGCGGCACCUCCUGCGACCCUAGUAUCAAGAUCACCGAAGGAAGAAGUGAGUCUUUUCAUGGUGCAGCCGGCGAGCGACUUCGUGCAACCCGUGAGCGCGAGCAGGCUGAAGCUUUUCCAGUCUUUUGAAGAUUUCAACGCGGACCGAGCCGAAGUUUUGCAUUCGAAGUCGGUGCUGAACUGCUUUCUGGAGGGCGGAUGCCGGAUGGUCGAGCAGAAACGCAUUUCCGAGGGCACCACGCCCUGGGAGCCCAGGUUUGGCUCGGGGUACUACCAGCCAAAACCAAAACUGUCCGAGGCUGCGCUGUCCUCGCGUAGUUGGAUCUUUGGAAGAUCAGGUACUGCAUCUAGAAUCAAUGGUUUCACUUUUUCUUUCGUAGAAUGGUCUGAAGAUGCUUUUCCUUUUCUCUCUUUUUGUGUUUGUGAAAAAAAUAGCUUCCAGAAGAUAAAAAUCCACCCCACACGACGACACAGGCGGCUCCCUAUCCCCCCGUUCGACGCGGGUUCGCGGAUUUGGCGGGCCGUACGGCAUGUGGUACCACGAACGGGCAGCCCUUGAGGGCAAAGACGUGGCGGAACAAGAGGCGGUACCAGCGGAGGCGGCCCCACCAGCGCCCGCUGCGCCCGAAGAAGAAGCCUCCCCCGCGGCAAAAAAGGCGGAGGCGCUGGCCGCGAAACUCAAGGUCGUCACGGUGGAAGAGCCGGAGGGGCAAAAGGGAGACACGAAGGAGAAGAAACAGUUUGCGUCCGUGAUGGACGAUCUGGUCAUGCCCGACAAGGGGGUCAUGAGCCCGCUGCAGAAGGUGCGGGCGCCCAUCCCGGAAAUGUACUCGUACAAGGACCCGGCGGACCGGCCGAUGCUGGUAAACCCGAGCGUGGAGACGCUCGCGCACAUCGGCACCCGCAUGCCCAUUCUCACGCAGGACAACAUCGACAUGAAGUUUCUGCGCUCCCGCGUGGUCGCAAACGUGCACCGAAACCACGAAAUUAUCCGAGAAAUGCAACGGACGGACAAGGUAUAAACACUUGAGUCUGAGCACAAGCAGCCAUAUUGGCCUGGUGUCAGUUUACACAAAGUAUGUUGGUCAUCAAAGAUGAAUGAUUUUUAUAGUACCCCUGCGGGGGGCAGCGGGUUUUUAGGCAUCCCCGCCGGUAUAGGCGUGAUUUUAAUGUCAUUGACAUCACAGCGGGAGCAGCGGGUUCUUCGUCUGUAUACCGACGUGGUGAAGCGCAGCGACCGGGACGACGCGGCCGCGGGACAGCGGAAGGACCGGUUUGGUUUCAUGGGCGAGUCCAAGCGGCACAAGGUGCAGGAGGCGUCCCGCGCGGCGCAUAUUUCGAUCCGGAAAAACCUGUCGCAGGCGACCGGCACGUUGGACGCCUCCGUGAAGGAACUCGAGCGCAUCAAGAGGCGCGACGAGAUUGCGAAGCGCAAGGCCAGCGGACAAAAAGAGGAAGACAAAGAGGAGAAGGGAUUCGGGCAACUCAUGUCGUUCUUCGCUUAGAAAUUGCUAGUGUCUACUGGGUCUGCUCCGACUGACUCUCUUACCUUAUUUCACAUACACGCUUGCAGAAGCUUCCAAGAAUUGUGUUGCAUUUUUGCUGUAUUGAUACACAUACAACUAGAUUAUGUUGCCCGACGUCAAAGUAUUCCCGGUGAUGUACCCAAUAAUAAUGGUCUGCCUAGUUGAUUGGGAAGCCGCCUCGACGUUUCAUAUCAUGAAUAUUGCAUGGAAACAGCUCGCUGUGGUGCGAUUCGUUUAUCCCAUCCUGAUUAGCUACGGCAGAUUGUACCUGCUCUUUACAAACUCACCACACAUUCUUUCAGAUCAGCAAGUCAUAUCAUUCCAAAGUUACCAAAGUUACACACACGGAUUUUCAGAGUUAAACAGAAUUGCAUGCGUUUUCAGUUUCUGACCAAACAGAUUCAGACGUUUUUUAACCCGGGUUCUUACAACAAGUAUAAGUAACACUGUACAAUACCACUUUGUGCCACAGAGGCAACUAACUCCCAAAUUGUAUCUACUCCUUGGAAACAAACCGCACGACGCUGCUAAAUCAAAGUAUGUCAUCUGACUUGCUUCUGCAACCCGAUCCCGACGGCGAGUUUCCAUCUGUGCUUUUGCAGUAUGAUGAAACGCGGUGCUGUUCUAUUUCAGAGUAUGCCCUUUUCAUCGUUUCGAUUGUUGCUUUGAUCCACUACUAGGUGAUCUGGUGAGCAACAGCCCUAUAUUAUGCUUCGCACGCAACGCAG